GUGACCCCGAGCACGACGUGGACGGCCGCGUGGUGACGGCCGAGUUCCCCUCGCUCUUCGUGGUCUCGGCCUACGUGCCCAACUCGGGCCGGGGCCUGGUGCGCCUGGAGCCGCGGCAGCGCUUCGACGCCGCCUUCCUCGACUUCCUGCGGCGCCUGGACGCCCGCAAGCCCGUGCUGCUCUGCGGCGACCUCAACGUGGCGCACGCCGAGAUCGACCUGUGCCACCCGCGCGCCAACCGCGCCAGCCCCGGCUUCACGCCGCAGGAGCGGGAGGGCUUCGGCCGGCUGCUGGCCGCCGGCUUCGUGGAUUCCUUCCGGCACCUGUACCCCGAGGCGCGCGGCGCCUUCACCUUCUGGACCUACCUGGGCGGCGCGCGGGCGCGCAACGUGGGCUGGCGGCUGGACUACGCCGUGCUGUCGCGGCGGCUGCUGGGCGCGCUGUGCGACUGCAAGAUCCGCAGCGCCGUGCAGGGCAGCGACCACUGCCCCAUCACCGCGCUGCUGGCCGUCUAG